AUGAGUGCAGACACUUCGACUCGAUUACUGCAACUUGAUGGAUUAUUAGAGUCGAAAAAUCGAGCUAUUCGAACAGAAGCAGCUGCCGCUUUUGGAAAAUUUUCGAUUUUCGAUGAUAAUGUUGUUAAGGUGACUAACUCUCAUUUUUCAUUCUUUUUAAAUAAAAAAAAACAUUUUUCAUAGAUUCUCAAGAAACAUUUAUCAUCACAAUCAUGGGAUGCACGUGUAACUGCUGGCAAAGCACUUUUCGCCGUUCUCCAAAAUCUACAAAAUAUUGAAAAUUUAUCAAGUGUAAAAAAAGAGAAAUGUGAAAUAUCGGAGACAUUCGAGCAACUUCAAAAUAUCAAUGUUCAACGAGUUCUAAAAACAUAUCGACCACUUCUAGGCGAUGCUGAAAAUAGUGUAAAAAGUGCAAAAGGAGGAGAAUCACAGAAUAAUAAUCGAAGGCAAAGAGAAUUAAUUGAUCAACAUUUGGAAUAUAAUCAAUUGACUGGAAUUACUUCGGUUAGUUUGUUUUUUUCUAUUAAUUUGAAAUAAUAAGUUUUUUUUUAGAAAAAAUUCUUGAGCGAUGAUGAAUUGAUGGGAACUUGUUCAACAAGUACUUCAGAGCCCACCAAUUUCUCACAAGAAUUAUCGCAAGUUGUUCAAAGUGUGAAAAAAGAAGAGAUUGUUGAUAAUGACAAUAGUGUUGAAGAGAUUAAUGAGAGAAAUCGAAAAUUCUGGGGAAUUUUGAAGGAUUUGGUGAAUCAAGUAACUGAUCAAAGGUGGAUUGCGAGGCACGGAAGUGCAAUCGCUGUUUGUCAAAUUGCGAUGAGCUCAUUUCAUAGGUAAGGUUGUUUUUUUUUAAGUUUUUGACACACUGGUUUUUUUGUCAGGUUAUCAAAUGAUUUAAUCGAUUCAUGCUUGUAUCUAUUUAUCCACGUUUUAAUAUUAGACAAAUUCAAUGAUUUCAUUUCGGGUAGAAAUGCAACGGCGCCAGUAAGAGAGCAAUGUGCUCAAGCAGUUGUUCAUAUGUUAAGAAAUUUGGAUGAUAUCCGACGAGAAACAGUUCUUCAAAUUAUUGUUCAAAUGAUGAAUACACCUGGCGAACAAAAUUGGAAUGUGAGACAAAGUGGUUUAUUGGUUAUGAAAUAUUAUUUUGCAAUUGCAACAAAUGAUGGACAACGAGAUACUUUUGAUAGAUGUUUUGAUCUUGUUAUACAAUCAUUGAAUGAUACAGUUGAUGAUGUAGGUUUCGAAUACUUUUAUUACAAUUUCAAAAAUAAACAAUACAUUUAUUCUCAUAGGUUACGGGAUGUGCAGUAAAAACUUUAUCUUCAAUAUUGGCAAAUGAAUCAAUACCUCGUGAGGAAAUGAAUGGUUUAGUUGAAAAAGUAAUGGUUCACGUUUGGCGAUUGUUGAAAAUCGAAGCUGGAAAAGAGCAACUUCGUUCUGGCCUCGAUGCUCUUUGUAUCGAUUUAAUUGAAAUUGUUGAACUUUGGUUGAAUUGGAAUCAAGAUUCGAAUAUUACUAGGUUAGUAUUCUUUCUGAAAUUUUUUAAAUUUAUUUUUCUUUUUCCAGAGAUAAUUUAUUAAUUAUUUGUUCAAUGCUUGAUGUUUCAUUUCCGCAAAGAUGUGAAAGAAUUGUGAAACUGAUUGAUUUGGAUUUAGAUCGAAUACAUAAUAACAAAUUGAAUUCGCAAGAUGUUUUUGAUAUAAUCAAACAAUUUUAUCGCAUUUUAUUGUUCACUCCACCCGUCGAUUCUCUUCAAUUUUUGGAGAAAACUUUUCUCACAUUUCAAAAAUUAUAUAAAUCAUAUUUGUAAGUUUUUUAAAGAUAUUUUUUUUUCGAAAAUUUCUAAUGUUGCUCAUUUAGAUCUGUUUUGAUUGAAAAUGGUGAAAUCAGUAAGAAGAUUGGUAUUUGGACUGGCUGUCUUCUUUUUGAUCAUCGAAAUCCAAUGAUAAAUGUCUUUGAUCAUUGUGUUGAUGGAAUAUCAAGUGAACUUUCAUCGCCAACAGAAAGAAUGUGCUCUGAAGAAAUGCGAUUUUUAUCGGAAAAGUGAGUUUUUUUUUUUUUUUUAUAUUUCAAUUUUUUUAUAUUUCAAAAUUUUGCAGAGAGAAAGAUCAUAGCUAUCUUACCCGUAAAAUAUUAUGCGCAAAAUUUCUUGCCACAAUAUUUCAAAGUUUAUAUGAAUGUGAUGGUGAGAUGAGUGGCGGACAGAAAGUAUCAAUGGCGAUUCAGUUGAUUUUUGUGCCAUUUUUUCAAUCGAAUAGUGUUAUGCAUAAUUUGGGAGCAUCGAUUGUUGUUAAUGAAUGGGCUGCACUUUAUAGAUCUGCUAUUAAUUGGUAACAAUUUAUUCAAAUUAAACUAAUUUUAAUCUUUUCGAAAUUUCAGCAAACAAACUGAAAAAGAUCCACCAAUGACAAUUGUACAAUUAGCUGAUAGUGUUCUACGUGGUUCAAAUGGACAAACAAAACAAUAUGAUGAAAUGACAAGUAGUGUGAAUAUGUUGACAAAAGAUUGUAAUGAAUUUAUUGAAUAUUGUUCGAUUCGAGGUUUUGAUAAAACACAAAUCGAUUUAUCUGUUGCUGAAUCAAUUGAACAAAUUAGCAAGUUAGUUUUUUUUUUUUGAAAAAUUAUUCUAUUGUUCUAAACUUCUGGAUUUUUCCCAGAAUUGCAUACAACACUUCGAGAGAUACACUCAAAACUGAAAAGCAGAGAGAAUCUAUGGAUUCGAGAUAUAAUGUGUUGAAAAGAACAAUCGAAAGUUUGAAAAUGAAUAUAAGAACGAAUGCUAUACGGAUAAAUUCACUAUUAUCAUCAACAUUAUUUUAUUUCGGAAGUGCUCCAGAAAAGUUGACCCCACAAAUAAGGCCACUUGUUGAAACGAUGCAAUUUGAAGAAAAUGAUGCGAUUUCAGCUGAAAUAUUUCGAGGUUCAAUUCCUCUACUUGUAAUGUAUAGUUGGCCAAGAACACCGAGACCUUAUGUAAAAGUAUUAGCAAAAGCAUUUGAAUCAUUUGCAAGUUGUUCAUUUAGAAUACCAAAACCUGGAACUAUGAUAGAUUCAACUGAAUCAAUUAUUAGUUUUAAUAGAAUAUGUGGAAUUAAUUUAAAUGGAGACGAAGAAGAUAAUUCAACUGGAAAUGAUUCUACUGUUAACAAAAUAUCAUCGCAAAGUAAAAAUGCUGAACUUGUUAUGCUAGUUAGUUUUAGUUUUUUUGUAUAUUUCAGAAUGUUUUUGAAUUCCAGAUUUUAUGUCAAUUUUCAUCUGUUCAGUUGCCGGAAUUUUAUGAACAUUUCGAUUUAAACGAACAAAUUGAUGAAACGGUAAGAUUUGGAGAAAAACCUUUUCCAUUUGUUUUUUCAACCCAAAUAUUUGCAGACACUUCUACAACGAUUAGAACUUCACGAAUGUUUUUGGAAUCGAGUUGGAUCUCGUUUAUCGGAUGUUUCUACUCAAAAAUUGUUCGAUUUAUUAUCAUCAUCAGAUGCAACUCUUCGUUUUGCUGCCUCAAAAGCCAUCGAAACAUUCUGCAAAUCACAAUGCGGUGAUUCAAUUUCGAGAUGUUUUCCGAAAAUUUUGAAAAUGUCAGAAAAUUUGACAAAUGUAAAUGAAAGACUUGGAGCAGUAGAAGCAUUACUUCGAUUAUCAACUUGUGAUUUGACUGGAUUAGCAACAUUAUUAUGUCCAAUUGUAUUUCGAUUAUUAACUGAUAAAUGUGAAAUAAUUCGAGAUGCAGCUGGAGAAACAUUUCGAAGAUUAGUUCCGAUGGUUACUGUUGAAGAUCCAAAUUAUCAAAUUAUUGAUUUAUCUGAAGAAUUAAUCAAGAGAAAAAAUGAUAAUAAGAAUUUUAUAAAUGUUCUUGGAUCACCAAAUAGUUUGCCGCGAAUUCAAACAGAUCAAAUAAAAGGAGGAUUUGAUGGAAACAUGUUACGAGAAUAUCAAUUAGAAGGUAUUACUUGGUUGAGAUUUCUUCGACAUUAUGGUUUAAAUGGAAUUCUUGCUGAUGAUAUGGGACUCGGAAAAACACUUCAAACAAUGUGUGCAAUAUCACUUUCUUUGGAUAAUGAUGAAAUUGAUAAAAAAGAAAGAUGUUCAUUAAUUGUUUGUCCACGAACAUUAGUUGAUCAUUGGUGUUUGGAAUGGAAAAGAUAUUUUCCAAAACGAGAUAAAGCCUUGAAAUCAGUACAAAAAUGUACGGGAGCUGAUAUUUGUGUGAUUGCUUAUGAAGAUCUCAAAUCGAAUCCACUUGUUUUGUAAGUGUUUUUUUCCAUAACUUGAUCACAUCUAAUUUUUUUAGAAAGAAAGUUUGGAAUUAUGUGGUUCUUGAUGAAGGUCAUGUAAUGCGAAAUACAAAAACUCAAGUCUUCAAAUGUGCCACUCAAUUAGUAUGUAGAAGUCGUCUAAUUUUAUCAGGAACACCAGUUCAAAAUUCACCAGCUGAUUUAUGGGCUCUUUUUACUUGGUUGAUGCCUGGAUAUCUUGGAACUGAAAAACAAUUUAGAGCACAAUUUUUGAAACGAAUUUUGAAGUGUCGGAAUCCGAAAGCAACAGAAGCUGAUCUGAAAUCUGGAACUGCUGCACUUCAACAUUUGCACAAAUUAAUUCUUCCAUUUGUUUUGAGAAGAUUGAAAUGUGAUGUAAGUUUUUUAAAGAGAGAAAUCAUUCAAAAUGUUUUACAAUUUCAGGUUCUCAAAGAAUUACCCGACAAAAAUGUGCAAGAUUACGAAUGUGAUUUGAGUACUGAUCAAAAAGAAGUUUAUCGAUUUAUUGUUGAUCGAUGUAGUUCUGAUCCUUCGGAAAUCAAAUCUGGAGUUGGAAUAAGUGCAUUGCACACACUUAUUGCUUUACGGAAAUUGGUUGAUCAUCCUUGUUUAACAAUUGAUACAUUACAACGAUUAAAUGCACCAAAAGAUAUUAUGAAAAAGGUAAUUGAACAUUUUUGCUGGACAAUAUGAUAAUUGGGAGAUUUUGAGUCUUAUCGAUUUUCUGCUUCAAACAUAUUCCAAUUUUUCUAGGCUGAAACAGCACGAUCUGGAAAACUUGAAGCUCUUGGCCAACUUCUCGUCGAAUGUGGUAUUUGUGAAAGUGAAGAUGCUGAACAUGAAAUCGACGAUGAUCCGUUAACAACAUCAACUGCAACAACUUCAAAUGAUUCAAAUCAUCGAGCAUUGAUUUUCUGCCAAUGGAAAGUUUCUGCUAAAUUGGUUUCUGCGAAAUUGUCAAGCGGAGAAUUUGGAAGUGUUGUAUCACAUUUAGUAUUAGAUGGUGAUGUUGCACCAAAUGAUCGAAUGAAAAUGGUCAAUCGAUUUAAUGAAGAUCCAACUAUUGAUGUUCUUGUUCUCACAACACAUGUUAGUUUUGUCUCUUUUUAAAUUGUUAGACUCAAUAGAGGUUUUUUUUCAGAUUGGUGGAGUUGGACUAAAUCUAACUGGAGCUGAUACAGUUAUAUUUUUAGAUCAUGAUUGGAAUCCGAUGAAAGAUUUACAAGCUAUCGAUAGGUAUACAAUUUUUUAAAAAUUAUAAAAUAAUUGUUAUUUUUCAGAGCUCAUCGAUUAGGUCAAACGAAAAAAGUGAAUGUUUAUCGACUUAUAACACAAGGAACAAUUGAAGAAAAAGUGAUGAGUUUGGCGAAAUUCAAAUUGAAUACAGCACAGGCACUGAUUAGUGAUGAUAAUACUUCUUUACAAUCAAUGCAAACUGGAGAAUUAAUGGAAAUGUUUACAUUGGAUGGAGAUGAAAAGAAAAAGAAAAAUUAUGGAAAUGGUGAACCGAGUGCGAAAAGAGCUAAAAAAGUUGGUUUUUAUUGUCGAAAAUUCUGAAAAAAACUUAAUUUCUCGCAGAAAUUAUUCGAGUUCGUCUACAUUAUCAACGGGUGGAGCCGGAGAAGAAUGGAAUUUGGCCGAAAUGUGGGAUGA